CACGGAGCGGUGACGUUCCAAGAUGGCGGCCUCCAUGCUGAGCCGGUGCAUGCUGCUCUCCAGGGCCCGGGCGGUCUCUUUAGGCGCCGCAGUGACAGGAAAAAGGUUCCUACUUUCUGCAGCAUAUACCAAUGCCAAAGCAUAUGAGAAAUGGGAGAAAGAGAGCCACAAUUUAGCUGACCUGGCGGCCAUUAUGGAUAAGUGCUAUGAUAGAAAGAUACCAGUCAGCUCACUGGUCAUUGCACGGUUUAUUGACAACAUUAAAUCCAGAGAAGAAAUUGACCUGGGUGAAUACUACCUGUAUAAGUUUCGUCACAGUCCGAACUGUUGGUAUUUGAGGAAUUGGACAAUACACGGGUGGAUUCGUAAAUGUCUCCAGUACGGGGCAUCAGACAAGGCUUUAUAUACUCUGAAGAAUAAGGUCCAGUACGGAAUGUUUCCAGAUGACUUCACAUUUAACUUAUUACUCGAUACAUUCAUAAAGAAUGGAGAUUUUGAAGAUGCCAUUUCUGUGGUGACGGAGAUAAUGCUACAAGAGAGUUUUGAGAACGUCUCCACCCAGCUUCUCUGUCUCUACGCUUUGCACAAAUAUCUAUCUGGAAAUCCACAGAUGACGUGGGAAGAAGAAAGAAAUCUUGGUGCUUCGCUCCUCCUGGCAGGCUUACGUCAGGAGAACACAGUGGGGCUCAGUUCUCAACUGUAUGGAUACACACUGUUGGGAAAGGUAGAACUUUCCAAAGGUCUAAGAGCGGUCUACACCCAGAUGCCCCUAAUGUGGAAAAAUGGGUAUUUUCAGAGAGCUUUGGAUGUUAUGGAGAAGGUCUCUCAGCUGCCUGGCGAAAGCAAGAUAUGCAAGGAUACUAUUGAUGUUCUAAAAUCUGCAUUAGCGUCUGCCAUUUCUAGUCUGUUGGAAAAAACCGAAGAGACGGAAGUUUCAGAAGACAGGUCGGAACCGCCUGAAGCUUCGGAGAAGACAGAGGCAGAUUUGCUGCCGGAAUACCUUUCUAGAUUUCAGGACCUAAGCACAAAACUGGAAUCGCUUGGCAAAAUUGAACCUGCUAACCUCGUGAGCUUGACUACCAGCUUUGUAGAGAAGAAGUUGCCAGAAUCUGAGAAGCCAGACAUUGAAAAAUAUGAGGCUUGUCUCAAGGAAUGGGAGCAAGAACAGUCUGCACUGAUCGAGAGAGAGAGGGAGUUGAGGGAGAAGGCAAGGCUGCAGUAUGAAGCCCUGCUGGCAUCCAGGGCCAAAUCCACUGCUUAACACCUUCCAUGCCUCAUGCCCAUUGUAUAUACCUUCCUUGGAAGCUGGCACAGUUUCCCAUUUGGUGUGCCACUCAUCAUGCUUCAGCGUUGUCUCAAAUUUGGGCACUGUGGUGGUAUAAGUCCAGCAAGAAUACUCGUGUUUGAGAAUGCUGUAGCCCUCUUCAAUACAGAAUGCAUAUGUAGUAUAAAAAUGACUAUUUCUCAAAGGCCUUCACCUAAAACUACUGUUGACUUAACUAAAUGUAAUGGGGAUGUGCAGGUAAUGUAUUUUCAUUUAUACAAGGCUAGAAGUACAUAAUGAAUUUCAUGCUCAGUUGUUUCUUAUGUUUUAUAUAUAACAUAUUUGAAUUAUCAGUUUUUGUGUCUAAAAGUUGUACAAUAAAAAAUA